AGCGAGAGGGGCGGUUGUCUGGGGGAGGGGGCGCGGGGUGAUUCAGCGCCCGACGAGGCGGAAGCGGCCGGAGGAGGAGAAGGAGGGGGAAAGACCAGUCCGCGCUUGGGCGCCCGGGGUGGCACGAGCCCGCGGCCCGAGUGCGAGGCGGAGGCGAAGAGGCCGCGGGGACUGGAGGCGAGGCCGGCAGGGCCCCCGCAGCCAUGGAGAACGCGCACACAAAGACGGUGGAGGAAGUGCUGGGCCACUUCGGCGUCAACGAGAGCACCGGCCUGAGCCUGGAGCAGGUCAAGAAGCUCAAGGAGAGAUGGGGCUCCAACGAGUUACCGGCUGAAGAAGGAAAAACCUUGCUGGAACUUGUGAUUGAGCAGUUUGAAGACUUACUAGUUAGAAUUUUAUUGUUGGCAGCAUGUAUAUCUUUUGUUUUGGCUUGGUUUGAAGAAGGUGAAGAAACAAUUACAGCUUUUGUAGAACCCUUUGUAAUUUUACUUAUAUUAGUAGCCAAUGCAAUUGUGGGUGUAUGGCAGGAAAGAAAUGCUGAAAAUGCAAUUGAAGCCCUUAAGGAAUAUGAGCCUGAAAUGGGCAAAGUGUAUCGACAAGAUAGGAAGAGUGUACAGCGGAUUAAAGCUAAAGACAUAGUUCCUGGUGAUAUUGUAGAAAUUGCUGUUGGUGACAAAGUUCCUGCUGAUAUAAGAUUAACUUCCAUCAAAUCUACUACUCUAAGAGUUGACCAGUCAAUUCUCACAGGUGAAUCUGUCUCUGUCAUCAAGCACACUGACCCUGUCCCUGACCCACGGGCUGUCAAUCAAGAUAAGAAGAACAUGCUCUUUUCUGGUACAAACAUUGCUGCUGGCAAAGCCAUGGGAGUGGUGGUGGCAACUGGAGUUAACACUGAAAUUGGCAAGAUCCGAGAUGAGAUGGUAGCAACGGAACAGGAGAGAACACCCCUCCAGCAGAAACUAGAUGAGUUUGGGGAACAGCUGUCCAAAGUCAUCUCCCUUAUAUGCAUUGCAGUCUGGAUCAUAAACAUUGGGCACUUCAACGACCCAGUUCAUGGAGGCUCCUGGAUCAGAGGUGCUAUAUACUACUUUAAGAUUGCAGUAGCCCUGGCUGUAGCAGCCAUUCCUGAAGGUCUGCCUGCUGUCAUCACCACCUGCCUGGCUCUUGGAACUCGCAGAAUGGCAAAGAAAAAUGCCAUUGUUCGAAGUCUCCCUUCUGUGGAAACCCUUGGUUGUACGUCUGUUAUCUGCUCAGACAAGACGGGUACGCUGACAACAAACCAGAUGUCAGUCUGCAGGAUGUUCAUUCUGGACAAAGUCGAAGGUGAUACCUGUUCCCUUAAUGAGUUUACCAUAACUGGAUCAACAUAUGCACCUAUCGGAGAAGUACAUAAAGAUGAUAAACCAGUGAAAUGUCAUCAGUAUGAUGGUCUUGUGGAACUGGCGACAAUUUGUGCUCUUUGUAAUGACUCUGCUUUGGAUUACAAUGAGGCGAAGGGUGUGUAUGAAAAAGUUGGAGAAGCUACAGAGACUGCUCUCACUUGCCUGGUAGAGAAGAUGAAUGUAUUUGAUACUGAAUUGAAGGGUCUUUCUAAAAUAGAACGAGCAAAUGCCUGCAACUCGGUCAUUAAACAAUUGAUGAAAAAGGAAUUUACUCUAGAGUUUUCACGCGAUAGAAAAUCAAUGUCAGUUUAUUGUACACCAAACAAACCAAGCCGGACAUCAAUGAGCAAAAUGUUUGUGAAGGGUGCUCCUGAAGGUGUCAUUGACAGGUGUACUCACAUUCGAGUCGGAAGCACUAAAGUGCCCAUGACUCCUGGAGUCAAGCAGAAGAUCAUGUCUGUCAUCCGGGAGUGGGGCAGCGGCAGCGACACACUGCGGUGCCUGGCCCUGGCCACUCACGACAACCCGCUGAGGAGGGAAGACAUGAACCUCGAGGACUCGGCCAACUUUAUUAAAUACGAGACCAAUCUGACUUUCGUCGGCUGUGUGGGCAUGCUGGACCCUCCGAGAAUUGAAGUGGCCUCUUCUGUGAAGCUGUGCCGGCAGGCAGGCAUCCGAGUCAUCAUGAUCACGGGCGACAACAAGGGCACUGCUGUGGCCAUCUGCCGCCGAAUUGGCAUCUUCGGGCAGGACGAGGACGUGACAGCAAAGGCCUUCACAGGUCGAGAGUUUGAUGAGCUCAAUCCUUCAGCCCAGAGAGAAGCCUGCUUGAAUGCUCGCUGUUUCGCUCGAGUUGAACCUUCCCACAAGUCUAAAAUUGUAGAAUUUCUACAGUCGUUUGAUGAGAUUACAGCUAUGACUGGGGACGGUGUAAAUGAUGCUCCUGCUCUGAAGAAAUCUGAGAUUGGCAUUGCUAUGGGCUCUGGCACCGCGGUAGCUAAAACAGCCUCUGAGAUGGUCCUGGCUGAUGACAACUUCUCCACCAUUGUGGCUGCCGUGGAGGAAGGACGGGCCAUAUACAACAACAUGAAGCAGUUCAUCCGCUACCUCAUCUCCUCCAACGUUGGGGAGGUUGUCUGUAUUUUCCUAACAGCAGCCCUUGGAUUUCCUGAGGCUUUAAUUCCUGUCCAGCUGCUCUGGGUCAAUCUGGUGACAGAUGGCCUGCCUGCCACUGCACUGGGGUUCAACCCUCCUGAUCUGGACAUUAUGAACAAGCCACCCCGGAACCCAAAAGAACCACUGAUCAGUGGGUGGCUCUUUUUCCGUUACCUGGCUAUUGGAUGUUACGUUGGCGCUGCCACAGUGGGUGCUGCCGCGUGGUGGUUCAUCGCUGCCGAGGGUGGUCCAAGAGUCUCCUUCUACCAGCUGAGUCAUUUCCUACAGUGUAAAGAGGACAACCCGGACUUUGAAGGCGUGGAUUGUGCGGUCUUUGAAUCCCCAUAUCCAAUGACAAUGGCGCUCUCUGUUCUAGUAACUAUAGAGAUGUGCAAUGCCCUCAACAGCUUGUCUGAAAACCAGUCCUUGCUGAGGAUGCCCCCUUGGGAGAAUAUUUGGCUCGUGGGCUCCAUCUGCCUGUCAAUGUCGCUCCACUUCCUAAUCCUCUACGUGGAACCCUUGCCACUUAUUUUCCAGAUCACACCUCUGAAUUUGACCCAGUGGCUGAUGGUGCUGAAAAUCUCCUUGCCUGUGAUUCUAAUGGACGAAACCCUCAAGUUUGUGGCCCGCAACUACCUAGAACCUGGUAAAGAGUGUGUGCAACCUGCCACCAAACCCUGCUCGUUUUCGGCAUGCACCGAUGGGAUCUCCUGGCCCUUUGUGCUGCUCAUAAUGCCCCUGGUGAUCUGGGUCUAUAGCACAGACACUAACUUUAGUGAUAUGUUCUGGUCUUGACUGACAGUUUCGCAUAAAGAAGAUGUUUAACUUAAUCAAUUAAUUUUUUUUUAUUGUUUAAAGCAACUGUCUAUUUCUGCUGAAUUUUCACAUGAACAUAUUGGCUGGUGAAGGAAGUUUCAUAUUCUAGAUUUUGUUUUGCUUUUUCUGACUCCAGUGGGGCAAGAUUUUCCUUUUUUAUACACAUAAUUAAAGUGUCCAUUGACAUGUACAGAGAACUAACACUAUUUUAUGCAAAUAUUUUUUUGUAGAUGAAAAAAAGCAUGUACAGUGUUCUGUUUAAUACUCAUCCUUGUAAAAAAAAAAAAAAUAGUUGAGCCAGCAGACAUUGUCAGCAAAUUAAUUGGCAGCAGAUUUUAGGAAAUGAAUGUGUGUGGUUUUUUUCUAAAACUAAAUAGCAUGUAUUGUGUCUUUUGCAUGAUCAUCUGGAUUUAAUCUGAGAUCACAGUCUGAUUUUUAUUCAUAAGCCAAUUUUUCUGCACUGAGCAGAGUACUGCUACCUCAGUCAGUAUUUUUUGGUUUGCCACCCCCUUCACCCCUCAGCCCUGUGUUCACCUCCACCCCCACCCCCACCCCGCUCGGCUGCUUCUCCUGUAGGGUUUUGAUGGUUCUGUUUACAUCAGUCUUAACAAGAGGUAUGCUUGUUCUCGCUUGUGCAGAAAACAUUGUUCCAGAUUCAAUCGACUGGGUUCAUGUCCCCUCACAUAGUUUUUAAGGUUAUUUAUUUAAAUGUCUAAUGUAUUUUAUUGUAACAGACAUUGUUUUGCCAACAUUGCCUAUUUCAGUGGCACUUCACAAUCUAGUUUAAAAAGAAAAAUAAAACAUUUUAAAUGGACAGAGAAAAAUAACCGUCUUGUUUUUAACUAUUAAGUGGCUUAGUUCUCUUAGAUUCUUCUUAGCUCAGAAUUAUUUACUGUGCUGAAGGGGAAGAAGGAUCCUGUUCUGCUGCAUAGGUCGUUGUAGGAAUUUCAUUUUUGGUGUAUAGGCACUAAUUGUCAUCUGUGAUACAUUUUUAUGCAGGUUUCUGCUGGCCUAUUUUAGCCUGGUGUAGAGGACAUAAGGGCGUGUGUGUGUGUGUGUGUGUGUUUUGUAAAAUCUGUAAAUAGCACAUGACCAAAUGAACAUAUUGUAUAGAACUAUUUUUAUUUGAAUGUGGCACUAACCACCACCAUUGUUACUAUGAUAAAUGUUUGCGCAUGUUCGAGAUCAGUCUUACCAACAGUGUAUAAGUCAUUAACAGUCCUAACUGUGGUGUUUUCCUCCAAUGCCUUCCAACAUCCAUCAACUAACGUGAGUAUGCCCUGGAAUUUGGAUGCUUUAGCCUAAAGGUGACUGCCACUAAGUGAGCUGGCUGUAUAGACUGAUGAGUCAGGCGCCCUGAGAGGGGCAGGUGCACGGUACACCACCUGUGGGCUGGGUGGCUGCUCUAGACCCCGCCACUGCCUUGGCCAGUGGCACAGCCAGGUGUCAGGGUGAACCUGGGGGAAGACAGAGUAGUUCUGCUUUGGUCAGACUGACAAACCUUCACAAAUGGGGAUUCACAGAAAAACUUUUCAGUUUCUGUUUCUUUGAUCUUUGUUAGCGGCAAGGACUGGUCCCGGAAUCUUGCUACCUGGAUCAUUAAAAAGCAAGUGAAAGCAAGUAACUGAACCAGUAAACUCCUGCAUCAUUUUGUUCUCCCCACCCGGCCACAGCACACGGCUUGCAGGAUCUUAGUUCCUGAAAUUGAAGUAGGGCUCCAGCAAUGAGAGCAGAGUCCUAAUCACUGGUUUACUGGGGAAUUCCCUGGUUCAUUUUUAAGUUGGUCAUCUUUUUCCACCUUCUGGGUCACAUCCUUUGUAGCGAAGACUUGUCUUUUCUCUCCAGGGGUACGUUAAAGCAGUUACUGGACCAUAGCCGAGCAUUAGCCAAAGUGAAGGGCGUAGGCAGUACAUAGUCAUGCUGGUAGCUCCCUCCACAUGAAGCCCCCGGUGUUCUCGUGGGUACCUGAAGUCCCGGAUACAGGGCCACCUGAAUAACAUGUAAAUGCUGAGAGCAUGAGGAAAGUUAACAGGUAUCAAGCAGAAGAGGGUGCUGCCAAGUUUGAGAGGUUUCCGUGUACGGCGGGUAGAAAGGGCACAUGAAGACAGAUUCUUAACGCAGAGUCCUGGUCUGGCUCCCUGAGGCCUCAGAGGAAAGGGAAGCUGGUUUGCUUGGCAGAGAAUAUAGGAGGUACGUUUUGCCAACUUUAGCAUUAUGAAUUGCAGAAAGAAACAAGUUGAGCAGAUCAAAUGCAAGGAGUGUCUUGGCUGCAAACCAAACCAGGAUGUCUGAGCUUGUUGGGUGGGGUGCUAUUCAAUGGUCAACUUUUCCUGACUCAGUUCCUUGAUUUAUUGGCCUUUACAAAAGAAAGUGAAUGGCAUGGGUGGCUGCUGCCCUGUGGUUUCUCAGCUUCAGGCCUGUCCAGCCCACAGGUGGCUUGGGCACCCACUUCCCUCAACCCAGACAGCUGGGACUGGGGGAGACCCGGUGCUACAGAGCCUUAGCCGCUCUGCUUCAGGCUUUGCCGCCAAAAACCACGCCUGCACUGGCACUUCCUUGGUAGCUGGUGCUGCUGUGGGCACACCCCUGGCCCCUGACUUGCGGGGAGCAGGAGUCCAACCAUCCUCACCAGGUACCUGCAAGGAAGGCAGUGUCAGCCUCGCCCUUACUGCACAUGGGCGCCCAGGCAGCUCCUGCCUGAAACUUGCUCCAGGCUCCUUCCUGUCAGCAAGUGGGCUGAAGGCCCAUCCCCUCAAUGUUCCGUUUUUUGCCACCCCAUACCCAGACUGACCUCUUUCCUUUGCCCAGGAGAUGGCACUCUUACGUGUUCCCUAAAUGGGGUGCCAUGCCAGCAACUCCUUCUGCAUCUACACAGAGCAGGUGGCACGCCGGGCAGGAAGACUGCACGAGCUCAGACACAAGCAGGGCAGCCGCCACCUUCCCUCACACGUGGCUGCUUCCACUUACCUCAGACUGGGGCUCAGACCCCUGAAUGUCCAUGUGGUGGGCAGACCUCAGGAAUAUCUGAGACCACAAGCCUUAGCUCAGUGUCUGCCAGGCCCGCUGUGUUCGCAGUGUGCAUAUAGCACAUUGAAAAACCACCACCCAGCAGUUAACAAUUGAGGGUAAUCUGCAGCCUUUUUUCUUGAAAGGGAACAGUGAUAAGCAGUUCCCCUUCUACGACUGGGCCUGGCUGGGCCUGCAGCCCAGAGGCUGGUCCCAAGGGAAGGAAGGGAUGGGAGCUAGAGGCUUGGCGCUAAUUACCAUAGUGCUCACUCUGCUUGGCCUUCCUCACCCCCUGCACUGCUAACCGAGGACUUUCUCAACUUCUAUUAAACCUGAAGCGAUUAAGUGUCUGCCUGGUGGGAUACUCUAGCCAAAUGACCGGAGGGACCUGUGAGUUAAUCAGAAAUGCUGGUCAGAAAUCUUAAAAGAUCAAACUGAACAUUCCUUUUCAUCUGUCACUAUUAAUCCCAGUCUUAAAUUAGUUAUUCUAACAUUUCCUCCCCAUAUUUCAUAAAGCUGAUUUCCUCUCUCUUUCCUUUUCAGCAAUACUGGAGUAACCGCUUCCUAAACCAUUUUGCAGAAAUUUAAGGGUGUUCGGUUGCGUGCAUGUGCGUUUUUUAGCAACACAUCUACCAGCCCUCUGCAUGAUUGAUGUUGGGGGGAAAAGAAAAUUAGAAAAAAGUCCCCAACUUGUUGUGUAUUAUGUGGAGGAAACGUGUAUUACCAGUGGGGUUUUAGCUUUUGAAUCAAAAUAGUAACAAAUGUACAAUUUAACUUAAUGAAUCAGAAAGCCUCUCCAGAGAAGUCUGGUUUCUUUGCUGCAAGAAGAAUGAGGUUCUGAAACCUUAUCCAAGAACUUAGAAGCCAUCAGCCAAGUCUCCGUAUUUCUCUGUGCAAAAUAUCAUAGCUUAAAUAAAUGUACAAUAUUCAAUUGUAAUGCAUGCCUUCAGUUGUAAGUAGCCAGAUUUCUCUAUGGUGUCAUUGAAACAUGCUACUUUUUAAUUGGCCCUGUACAGUUUGCUUAUUUAUAAAUUUAUUGAAAACACUACAGGUGUUGAAUGGUUAAAAAUGUAGGCUUCCAGUUCAUAACUUCAGUUAUUUUCCUGAGUGUGCAAACAGCUAUUUUGCACUGUAUUAAAUGUAACUUAUUUAAUGAAAUCAGAAGCAGUAGACAGAUGUUGGUGCAAUAUGAAUUAUUGUGAUGCAUUUAUAUCAAUAAAAUGCUAAAUGUCAGUUUAUCACAACGCAUGUUUGACUUUAGACUGUAAAUAGAGAUCAGUUUAUUUCUGUGCUGGUAACAAGCAUUGCACAGACAUGGUUUCAGGUAAAUAAAUCUAUUCUACGAUAA